AUGCCUCGUAGCCGAGAGCCUUUAAAAUACCUGACCUACUACCCGUUUUCUGUGAUCUACAUUCUGAGUGUAUGCGUUUGGCAAGCCAGCCCUCAUCCACGACAAAUUGGAAUCAUCAUCAUCAUCGUGCCCGUUCUGAACCUUCUCGGAUGUGCAGCUGCGCUGAUAUCGCUAUGGUUUAUGGUUCAGAAGUUCUAUUGGAAGCGUGUGGAAUUGUCGUUCAACCUCGCCGGUUUUGCUCUUUCCUUACUAGGAAUGAGCGUAUUAUUGCUCACGUACAAUAAAGAUUCGUCAAUUCGAGAUUAUAUAGCGCUUAACCAUCUGCUCGUCACAAUCGCAUGGUCGUUCUGCCUCGUUUGGAGUCGCUUCUUCACUACAAAUACCGUCUCCAAUCUGUUCAUCAGCGAAUGGGGCCGCGGAACUGAAGACAUCGAAAUAGAAGCUCUUGAAGGGCACUUCUAG